AUGGCGGACGACGACAACAGCUCGACGUCCGACGAUAGUCUUGAUUUUAAUAGCGACAAAUUCGAUCCGAUUAAAGCUUUAUAUUCGAGUAAAAUACGUUUACCUUCUGCGUACGCGCCUAUUUACGACAAUGUGUGCAUGUUCGAAAGUCGUAUGAAGAAUCCUACGCGUGUUAAAAAAAAAUCUCAAACAGGAAGCGAUGUUGUCAAGGCAAAGGAAUACUCAAAGCAACGGUUUAUCUCAAAUCAAGGCCAAGAAGAUCCAGAAAGAUCAAAGACGAUAGGACGUGGUAAGAAAUUCAAAGAGGGAUCUAAUGUUCUAACGAAAAUGCCGAAGAUCCUUGGACCGUUAGGAAUGCUCUAUGAAUGCAUGGAAAGUAGGAUACGUAUCAAGGUUUACACUAGAAACGCACGUGGCGUGCGAGGACACGUGGAAGCGUACGUGGCUGCCUUUGAUAAACACUGGAAUCUUGCACUGGAAGAUUGCUUCGAGGUUUGGACACGUAAACGCAAAAGGAAAGCACCUGCUGCACUCGAUACUAAGGAGAAGGAAAAGACGACGAGGAUGAUGACUAUGACGAUGAUGAUGAGUAGACCGCUCUCGCGCAUAGUCGUCGUAGGAAAAUCUUGGUCCUCCCACGCCUCUUCGUUAACUUAUUCAUGGGCAUAG